AUGAUCAAAUUGCUAGAGAAAUUACCGUCUGAAGAAUGCCCUAAACUCAUACACCGGGUGGUCGAUGAGGUGUGUGGGCGCAGCGGGCCGAGUCGAUCAGACUACAGUGAUCGCUGGAGUCUGACAGAAUGGCUGGAGUUAAUGAACAGUCCUCCUCUCUCAUCCUUCGCUGUAGGAAGGGGCUGCUCGGAUCAAGAGAUGCAGACACUGCUGAGUGAUUUGAACACGGUGCACACAGAGGCUGUUCUCCAGUGUGUGCGCUCCAGAUUCGAGGAGAUCCGGCGCUUGGUGGACAGAACCAAUGGUAUUUCUAGCACACAGCUACGCGAUUUCAACUGGCAGUUAAAGCUGGCUUUAUCAAGCGACAAGCUGUCAGCUUUAAAAAACCUCCCGCUGCUAAAUCUCAGUCUGGACCUGAAAGAGAACGGCAUUCAGAGAUCGGUGAAUAUAGAAAUGAACAAAGAGGAGCUGCAGACUCUCAUCAGUGCGCUAGAGGCGGCUAAUAAGGUGGUGCUGCAGUUGAAAUGAUGAUACCAACAAGUGCAUUUCCCUUACAAAAUAUGAUUCUGUGCUAUCACACUUUCAAAGAGAGGAUUUCCUAUCUCUGUAUUUGGAGACGAUAUCUGUAUGCGGCAGAACCGGGAACUCGUCUCUACGUGAGGUGAUAAUUCAAAAGACUGAAUGUGACUGAGGGAAAGCUUCAUCAAUAUGAACUAGAGCUGACUUGGGGAAUUGCCUGAUUAGGAUCAUCUUGAAGCUAAAUGUAUAUAAAUCAUGGUUUCACCACCCACAAAAGGUUGCAUUGCAUUUCUAAAUAAAGUAACUAAAAACAACCGUGCAUGUCGUUUGUUAUUGAGUUUUUUUAAAUCAAUUUUUAUCAAUGUACAGUACUCCUCAAAAUUUAUAAUACCAGAUCAGCAUACUGAUCAAGACAUAUUCUUACUUAAGGUGCCAUUUGUUUCAUAGAGAAUGUAGAUCGACCCAACUCUGUAAGUAUACUCCAUAUGUAUGGAACGAUCUUCAAGAUAUACUACACAUGACAUCUGUACCAUCUAUUGCUGUCUAUUAAAAUAUUUUAAAGUCUGUUUAUUCAGAACUGUGUGCAUGUUUAACAAUUGAAUAUGGUUUAUAUUAUUUUUGUGUCUGUCUAUGUGUUGUAAUAUGUAUUUAUUUAAUAAUUUUUUGUAACUUUGUCCUAUGCUGCUUGUCUUGACCAGGACUCCCUUGUAGAAGAGAUAUUGUAUCUCAAUGGGACUUUCCAGGUUAAAUAAGUAAAUAAAUGAAAAAUGAAAA